AGCAGUUUGAGGCAGCAUUUGGAAGACCGAAUACGCUCGCCGCCGAGCUCUCGUCAUGUCGUUGCGAUAGACGCAUCUUGCACGCUGUGUACCUAUUCCUUUCGACCAUGUGUAAAAGGGUCGAUUCAACCAAGGCACCAAUAUCGCCUUUCCCGUCCCCCUAAGUUCUUCUGAUCCGCACUCUUUCGCACCUGCCUGCUAGAGCAUCCACCGCAAACAUGCCCGGACUUCCCUCCAGCAUCGAUCUUGACGAAUGCAUCUCCAGACUCUACCAGAAGGAGCUGCUUGCCGAAUCGGUCAUCGAGGCAAUAUGCGCAAAGACAAAAGAGAUGCUCAUGAAGGAGAGCAACGUCGUGCACAUCCAGGCUCCAGUAACCGUCGUCGGCGACAUCCACGGCCAGUUCUUUGACCUCCUCGAGAUAUUCAAGAUCAGUGGGCCAUGUCCAGACACGAACUACCUCUUCCUCGGCGACUACGUUGAUCGCGGCCUCUUUAGUGUAGAGACCAUCUCGCUUCUGGUCUGUCUCAAACUUCGCUAUCCCCAUCGCGUUCAUCUCAUCCGCGGCAACCACGAGUCCCGAGGAGUCACUCAGUCCUACGGCUUCUAUACCGAAUGUAGUCGCAAGUACGGCAACGCCGCCGUCUGGCAUCACUUCACCGACAUGUUCGACUACCUCUCCCUCUCCUGCGUCAUCGACGACAAGAUCUUCUGCGUCCACGGCGGUCUGUCGCCGAGCAUCCAUAGUAUCGAUCAGAUCAAGAUCAUCGACCGCUUCAGAGAAAUCCCACACGAAGGUCCUAUGGCCGACUUGGUCUGGAGCGAUCCGGACGCCGACCGCGACGAGUUUUCGCUGAGUCCAAGAGGAGCUGGUUACACCUUUGGCGCACAGGUCGUCAAGAAAUUCCUCGAGGUCAACUCCAUGACACACAUUCUCCGCGCACACCAGCUCUGUAACGAAGGGUACAUGGUCAUGUUCGACGACAGACUGUCAACCGUCUGGAGUGCUCCCAACUACUGCUACCGAUGCGGAAAUAAGGCUAGUGUCCUCGAGGUCAGCCCGACUGGAGAGAGAAAAUGGAAUGUCUUCGACGCCGCUCCGGAGAACGAAGUCCAUCGCAUCGAGCAACAGAACCAACACAACAAUCCCGGCUCAGAUCCGGUCAGAGACUAUUUCCUGUAGAAAGAGCCACCCUUUGCUUCAGCUGUAUUGCGUUAUGGGUCGAUAGAGGCAGCAUCUCUGGAGUUUACAAAUGAUACCAAGGCGGCGCGAUAUGAUAUUAGGUUUGCUU